AUGAGUUCCGACCCUACCAAGGGGUUCCAAACCAUAGGAUUCCAAACAUCCAUCGAGAUCGCUCAAAAUCAGGUCGUGCCCGCAACUUCACUUUCAGGCAUAAAGCGACCCCGGUCAGAAAAUGAGGCGGCGACAAUAUUCACCUCCGCUCGCUCUUUACUGCAGACACAACAAGGCAAUGGCACUUUAAAAAAAACGGGUGCAUAUCAUCCGGUCAACCCUGCCCACCCGGGCAGAAGACGUUUUGUGGCGAGUGAGAUACGCACAUUGCCAGAUGCAAGUCUCACAGCAGACGAUGACUUUGUGACGUAUACCCAGCGAAAUGCGGUCUCCAGCACCCCUGGACCGUCGCAGAAUGCGCUCCUGUCGCUUCGGCACUCCCAGUACGGAUUGCCUGAGAGCCUGGUGGCUAAUUUUGAGAAGAUGGGUGUGAAUGCCAUGUAUCCGUGGCAGAUGUCGUGCCUCCUUGGUCGGGGCCAUCUUACAGCGGAGAAGAAUUUGGUGUACAGUGCUCCGACGGGGGGAGGGAAAUCGUUGGUUGCUGAUGUGUUGAUGUUGAAGAGGAUUAUUGAUGAUCCCAGGAAGAAAGCUAUUCUUGUACUGCCGUACGUGGCGCUGGUGCAGGAGAAAAUGAAAUGGCUUCGGCGGUUGGUGGAAGGGGUGGAAAAGCGGGUGAAUGUGCCGAGUCAGGUUGAUGGAGCGUACCCUUCGCGUGCUAAAUCGGUGCAGAAUUCGGUUCGCAUCACUGGUUUUUUUGGGGGUAGCAAAUCUAGAGCUACAUGGUCUGAUACGGAUAUUGCGGCCAAUAUGUUGGUUAACACUGCAAUUGAGGAAUGCAAGGUCGAUGAAUUGGGCAUCGUUGUUUUGGACGAACUGCAUAUGCUUGACGACGAGCAUCGUGGCUAUUUGAUAGAAAUCAUGAUCUCUAAGCUGAUGCUGCUUCAGCAGGAUACCCAAAUAGUCGGGAUGAGCGCAACUUUGUCGAACACCGAACUGCUCGCGAAAUGGUUGCAUGCAAACUACUACAUCUCAAAAUACCAGCCCAUUCCAAUUCAGGAAUUUCUCGUUUACAAAAACUUGAUUUACACUUCCGGAAGCUCAAAAGAAUUUCUGAGAACUGUUGUGAGUUUGGAAAAGUCUACCGAGCCACAGUGCGAAUCAAUUGCUGUCAAAGCAAUCGACAUCUCGAGAUAUAAGGAGUUAGGGAAUCCAAUUACCAAUGCGAUGGUGUCCUUGGCUCUAGAGACAGUGACGUCCGGGUAUGGCGCGUUGGUGUUUUGCGGUAGUCGACAAUCAUGUCAUUCGAAUGCCUUGCUUAUAAGCGACGCGAUGCCGGACGAAACUAUGUUGGAUAGCGAUGUUUUGGAAAAGCGAGGGGAUUUGAUUGCUGGUUUGCGCAGUCUUUCAUGCGGUCUUGAUCCAGUCUUCGAGAAGACUAUUAUCAAGGGCGUUGCUUUCCAUCACGCCGGUUUAACAGCAGAAGAGCGUGAUUUGAUCGCAGAAGGGUACGACAAGGGCAUUCUCAAAGUGCUAGUUGCGACCUGCAGUUUAGCCGCAGGCAUCAACUUGCCAGCAAGACGUGUAAUUCUGUGUGGUGCUCGUAUGGGCCGCGAACUGGUUGGCCCUGCUAUGCUGUAUUCGACAAAUGCGCGGAAGAGCGGGGCGCAAGGGGCUAUUUUGGAGGCUGUUGCAACCCGCCUUGUUUCGGGCAAAGAAGCAAUCAACGACUACGUCCGGUGUUCCCUACUUUACCACACCAUGGAAGAAGGGGAGCUGUUUGCAAUGGUGGAAUCAACCCUUACAGAGCUCGUCAACGACAACCUGCUCAACCCCCGGAUCGAUGGCUCUUACGAACCCACUCAGCUCGGCCAGGCUAUUGUUGCGUCUGCUUUUAGCCCCGAAGAAGGCAUGUUCAUCCACGACGAACUGAAACGGGCACUUCAGGCAUUUGUUAUGGAUGGGGAAAUGCAUGUUUUCUACAUGUUUGCUCCACUGCAAUCGGCCGCGAAUGUGGAUAUCAACUGGUCUAAAUUUCUGGAUGAGCUGGACAGGCUGGAUGAGAGCGGGUUACGGGUACUGCAAUUUAUUGGCGUGGAUCCCGGCUUCGUGAAUUCAAUGGCCCAGGGACGCAGCGCCAUCAAAGACCCCACGCUCGCACUUAUCUAUCAACGGGCAUAUACGGCAUUUCAACUCCGCGAUCUCAGCAACGAAAUUCCCGUCUCAAUCGUUUCGCACAAGUACUCUACACCGCGCGGCAAUGUGCAGAACCUCAGCCAGACCUGCCACGGCUUCGCGGCUGGCAUGGUCAAGUUCUGCAAGCGAAUGGGUUGGGACAUGCUGGCCGUCGUGCUCGAUCAUAUGCGUGACCGGCUUCAAGCAGGCGCCCGGGCGGAUCUGCUGGAGCUGGCGCAGGUGACCUUUGUGAAGAGCCGGACGGCGAGAUUGUUCUGGGAAAAUGGAUUCAAGACACUGCGGGCCUUGGCGGAGGCUGACGCGAAGGACUUGGUUCCUGUAUUGAUGAUGGUGAGCAAUAUAAUUCCUUCGAAGCAGUUUGGUUAUUCGGAUUAA